UCAAGGCGAGUUUAUUUGCAUAGUCCAAUAUUACAUACAGUGCAUUCAGAAAGCAUUUUUCACAUUUUGUUAUGCCUUAUCCUAAAUAAUUUCCCCCCCUCACCAAUCUAUGCUCAAUACCACAUAAUGACAAAGCAAAAACUGAAAUAUCACAUUGACAUAAGUAUUCAGUCAGUACUUAGUUGAAGCACCUUUGACAGUGAUUCAUUAAGGCUACGUCUGAGAUGUGUCUGAAGUGUUGUGGUUGCAUUUUGUGCAUUUUGGAUGUUAGAUUAACCGCUGUGCUGAGCUGCAUGUCGGUAAAGAGAACUGUCUGAACAGUUCUGAAAAAGUGAACUCAGUAUAGAGAAAUGUGUGUUACCAAUUGUAAAAAACUGUAAUAUUGCUUGUUGUUGGGGUGUCCAUAGCUCUUUUGUCUGUCAUUUUUGGUUAGGCUGAUUGUCUGCGUUUUGUCAUCUUUUCUGGUUAAUUGUAGUAAGGCUAUACUGAGGAGAGUGGUUGUAUAUUUUGAAUUGACAGUCAGUUGUAUGCACAGGCUGCAAAUGUCUGUCUGUAGAGAAGAAAUUAUUGUUGGUUUGGACUUUGUUUUCUUUACACCCCCCCCCCUUUUAAAAAUGUAACAACGUUUACUCAGAGUACAUUUUAACUAACCUACUUUUUACUUGUAUCUACAUUUUUACACAAAUAAUAUGACUUUUACUUGAGUAAAAUAUUCAAAAUAUUCUAGUACUCUUUCCAUCCCUGUGGAUGGGAAAUAUGAGAACACAUAUUCUCAUGGUGCUUGGGACCUCAAAAAGGCUUAGGACUGCCCUGCAACAAGCACCAUUACCCAUAGCAAUGCUAUCAGCAGCUGUAAUAUUAAGCAGUAGCACAACAGUGGCGUAUUAGCAUGCUAGCAGCGGGCGCACCGUCAGUAUUAAGCGUGUACAGGCUACAUGCAGUCCCAGCAGUGCUGUGUUAUCACUCCGGCGUCACGUCCCGCCCCUCUGUUGUGUCGGAGGAGGAGGACGGGUUUCACUGGCACCUCACAUCCCAUACUGGAUUUACCGGACUCCACCUGUCGCGACUGCGAGCGCUGGGGUUUUUGUGUCAGUGUCGUAAGCGAAUAUUAACAGUGCGCUGUGACACAGCACGGCACGGCACGACACCUGGCUGGUUUUUAAACCGAGUGUCGUCGGAAAACAGACAAUUAAUAGACAGGUGAAAGGACCGCUUCGGCUCUCAUCGCCUGCUUUAUGUUUUGAAAUAUAUUUUCUUUUCCCCGAGGACAGAGGGGGAAACAACAACCAUAAUUCCGGCGGAUGGUUUUAUCCGCAGUGUCUCAGCCAACCAGCCAACCGGGGAGCAGAAUGUCAAGACAGCAGCAGCACCGGACGCCGUUAAAACUCACCGACAACGUGGUGGAGGUCAAAAGCAAAUUUGAGGCAGAAUACCGUCGCUUUGCUCUAAAGAGGAACGGUCCGGGUGGCUUCCAGGAGUUCUACCACCUCCUCCAAACCAUCCAUCACAUCCCCGGUGUCGACGUGCUGCUGGGUUAUGCCGACAUCCACGGAGACCUCCUUCCAAUUAACAAUGACGACAACUUCCACAAAGCUGUCUCGUCAGCCAAUCCGCUGCUCCGCAUUAUCAUAACCAAGAAAGAGGAUGAACCUGUAGUUUUUGCCACCAACUCCCUCCAGAGGCGUAAAAAGGGGCUGGGCUUAACCGGACUGCGCACCACCGGCUCAGGCUCCACCCACUCAAAGAACAAACCGGGCCUUAUGAUUGGCCGCCCACAGAACUUCAGACAGAUCUCAUCCAUCAUUGAUGUGGACAUCUUACCUGAAACACACAGACGUGUACGACUCCACAAGCAUGGUACCCACAAACCACUGGGCUUCUACAUCCGUGAUGGGGUGAGCGUGCGGGUGACACCACAGGGCGUAGAGAAGGUUCCAGGGGUGUUCAUAUCCCGCCUGGUACGUGGUGGGCUAGCAGAAAGCACAGGGCUGCUGGGAGUUAAUGAUGAGAUCCUCGAGGUCAACGGCAUCGAUGUAGCAGGAAAAUCUUUAGAUCAGGUUACAGACAUGAUGGUGGCCAACAGUCACAACCUCAUUGUGACCGUCAAACCGGCUAACCAGAGGAACAAUGUGGUGCAUCGUGGGAGUAAAACCUCAGUAGGCAACUCUGGUUCUGUGGGCUCAGCUGGAUCUACUGGCUCCGCUCUGUCACAUGACUCGCCAAGCCCCGCCUCUCAGAGCAACCCCAUUACUGCAAGCAACAGCAUUGCAGAGGGCGACAGUGACGAUGAAGAUGACGAUGGCGACCUCAUUUUGGAGAAUGACUGCCUGACACUCUUCGACUCCCAUCGGGUAACCAACAGCAACAAUACUAACCUCAACAGAGACUCACCUAGCAACAGGCCACACGACUCCACUGUGGUUAGGCCCCUCCCACAGAGCAUGUCAUUGCCUAAUAGCGUUGGAGCAUCCCUGAGUGACAGCUCCAUGAUGAUGUCCAAUCACAACGGAAACCCCGCCCACACAUCUAGUAGCAGUCAAGAGGGCAUGAGAGAGGAUGGCAACAUAAUAACACUGUAACCAUGACAACACUGACCGCUACACUGUAGCGGUCAGAACUAAUAUUACAACAACAGAGUGCUGUAACCAUGACAAUUACAGAUGGCUGUGCUUCCGUCAGCCAGAUAACAGACUCAGCAGCACCUUUUCUUUUAAAGGUUCUUCCUGUUGAUUCACUAAUAGUUUCUCUUUUUAAAGUGGAUGGACCCUGAGUUUUUGACAGGUUAGAACACUGACAGCACCGCAGAGUUACCGUACACGGGGUUCUGCUAGCUUCUUUUCCCUUUCCAGUCUUGGUGGAUCAUGGGCUUUCACAAUCUACAGGUAUAACAACAUUGACUUUUUAUAUGUCUGCAACAUGUGGCUGAGCUAAUGUAUAGAGCUGAAUUGUCAGGUUCUGUACGUAAAAAAUAAUUUAUAUUCACCCUAGGGAAAUAAUUUAAAUGCCAUAAUGUAUUAACUGAUCAGUGUGGACUAAUAGAGAGCAACAAGGUUGAGAAAUAAUUGUAAAGGCUCCUGUAAAAACCAUAAGUCAAUUUGAUGUCCGCAUAUUUAAGAAAACAUCUCUAUUCCAAAAUUGCUUGUGAAGUAUUACAAAACCUACAAACCUACAGUUGCACCAAUCAGAAACAUGACUAUUAACUGCAGUAUAGCAGGAUUGCUGAGUAUAAGACAAUGGAAAAACAAUAUACAUUAAAACAUUAAGGGCUUGUGGCAGCACAAUAACCAGCACAAGCAGCGCGCAAACCACUGACUUUUACCCGUCUGUGUGGUAUUUUGGUGUCCAGCUCAGAGAGCAAGGUGCACAGGUGGGAGGAGAGGAACAAACAGGUGGGAGGUUCAAUCACACCAGCCAGCGCUAAGAGAGGUGUUGGUAUCUUUGUGUACAAUGUGUCUUAGACGUUGCUCUGAGAAUAAACAUCUCGCAACCGCGUCGGUUUCUAGAGCAAAGUCACUCUGCUGGCAAUCUGGUGAUAUUGUUGACAAGAGGAAACUAAAUACUUGCAACAAAUGCAAUGCAAUAAUAGAAUAAUCCUAAAAUAUUAACUAUUACUUGCUUUUCAACCAGUAGAUGCAUUUAAAUUGGCUUGUAAAAUGAAGGUUUAAUAUGAUUAAAGCAAGAAUGUCGGUGAA